AUGGGAAUAAACUCUAAAGAAUUAGACCAAGAGAAUGAAGAUUACUUAAAAACGUAUCAGAACACUUGCAUUGAAUUUCAAGGCGGACAAUAUAUCGCAAAAUUACCAUGGAAACGAGAACAUGAUCAACUUCCGACAAAUUUUAGUAUUGCUAAACGAAGAACUGAAUCUGUAAUCAGAAGGCUAGACAGGGAACCAGGUAUGUUGAAAACGUAUGACGAUAUUAUAAAGAACCAAGAGCUUAAAGGUUUCAUUGAAAAAAUAGAUGAUGAAGAAUGUAACGACAAGACAGUGCAUUAUAUACCGCACCACCCAGGUAGGAAAGAUUCGUUGACCACACCAAUUCGCAUUGUUUACGAUUGUAGUUGUAGACAAUCUGAUCAGUACCCGACCUUGAACGACUGUCUAAUGAAUACACCACUCGUUAUUAAUGACUUGACAAAACUAUUAUUGCGUUUUCGAUUAAACGCCAUCGCAAUUUCAACUGAUAUCGAAAAGGCAUUCUUACACGUAGGUUUACACGAACAUGACAGAGAUGCGACAAGAUUUUUGUGGAUGUCUGAUGCAGAAAACAUAAAUAGUAAAUUGGUGACAUAUCGUUUUAAGUCUGUUCUUUUUGGCGCUACAUGCUCCCCUUUUAUUCUGAGCGCAACACUACUCAAACAUGUGCAGACUCAAGGAAAGAAUAGUGACACAGAUAAAAUGAUUGAACAAGACAUUUAUGUUGAUAAUAUUAUAUCGAGCGUAAGUAACGAGAACAAAGCCGUACAGUAUCACAAAGAAGCCAGAGAAUUAAUGACAAAAGGUGGGUUUAAUCUCCGAUCGUGGACAUCGAACAGUCAGUUUUUACGGACAAAAGUAUGCGCUGAUAAAAUACUUGACAAGGACACCAAACAGAAAGUACUAGGAAUGCGUUGGGAUGUACAAAAAGACGAACUUUAUUUCGCACAACCUGAAAUUCACUUAACAGCGGAAACAGAUAUCACUAAACGAGAGAUAUUGAAGCAAUCAUCGAAAAUAUAUGACCCAUUAGGCCUCUUGAGUCCAAUCACAAUCAGAGCAAAAUUAUUUCUCCAAGAACUUUGGCGCGAAAACUACGAAUGGGAUGAGAUUUUACCUACAAAGUUAUGUGAAACAUGGAUUGACAUUGCAACAAACAUUCAAAAGAGUAUCAAGACUGCUUUUCCGAGACGUUAUUUUACCGGUACACAAUACGAAACCACAUCGUUAACAUUACACGUAUUUUAUGAUGCCAGCUUGAAAGCUUACGGCUCCGUAGCCUAUCUUUGCAACGGGAACGAAUCAAAAUUGAUUAUGGCGAAAACAAGAGUAGCUCCGGUUAAAAGUUUAACACUACCGCAGUUAGAGUUAAUGGCAGCUGUAAAUGGCGCGAGACUUACACAACACAUUUUAUCCACGUUUACCAACAUUAGCAACGUAGAAUUAUGGUCUGACAGUCAAAUAGUAUUGCAUUGGCUGAUGUCAAAGAAACCACUAAAACGAUUCAUUGCAAACAGAGUAACUGAAAUUAACGAGUAA